CUCGCGGCACCGCCUGGGUCCUUGGGGCGGGUACAGCUCACAAAUCCCCAGUGAGCGGCCCCGGCCAUUCCCCAGCAAGCAACACAUGGAAUCAUCCAGGCUGCAAAUAACGUCACACCUGAACUGUCUGCUACACCUCUGUAGAGGGAGGGAGAAGAUUGACGUGCAGAACAAAGGGAGAAUACAAGCCCAAAGCCAAAACAGCUCGUCGGGAGUAGAAAGGUGGAAGGUCAAACAACAAGCCAGAAAAAACGACUGAUGCGGUCUUGAUUCGUACCGCGCACGCGCACACACCCAAAUCAUACGUCUGGUCGGGGUUCCUCUUCAUUAUUUCUUCCCCUUUCCUUUAUUCUCCGCCACCCUCCCCUCUCGCACCUUCUGGUCCAACUUGGUAUAUCUACCAUUGUUCGGGGGCGUUUGAUUUGUUUGCAUUUCUACCCGACCUGGCGGCUUAAAUGACCACGGCCUAGACAGGUCCGCCGCUACGUCGAGGAGGCGCCAAUUCUGCCACCAUUUCUUAUCUUGCCGUUGUAGUUGGUGGUGAAUCGCUAGGCUGGGUGGUGAGUGCUUUUUUUUUUUUUAGCCGUUGUGGCUCGCCGCGACACCUGAACGCACCGACACCCGCCAACUCCCACGCCCACGCCCUCGAUCGUCGUCGUCGGCAACCCAUAACCCAUCUCCCCCUUCAUCAAGCCGCGUUCGAGCAGCUGGUAAUGACUUUGCCCCCAUCGCAGUAGUCGACGGCAACAUGGCAGAUUACCAGCAGCAACAGCAGCAGCAGCAGGGCCAACAACGCCGCUCCGACCAGCGCUCGCCGCCCCAAAACUAUGGCCACUCGUCAGACUUCCAGCGGGAGACCGCCUUCAAUAACAUUUUUGGCGCUGCCCCCGGCCCCGGCCGCUCACACACCAUGACAUCGUCGUCGAUGCCCCCGCCCGAGCUGAUGAUGCAGCACCAACAGCAGCAACAGCAGGGCCGCACCCACACCAUGGGAGGCUCCAUGCAGCGUCCCCCGCCCUCGAGGCAUCCCCAGGGCGCCGGGCCCUACGGUGAGCCGCCAUACCCCCCGAGAAACAGGCCAAUCGACGACCGUGGCAUGCAGGGCGGCUACUAUCCGGGCCCCCAGCAGCGGCCCCCGUCCUCGGGCCACCAGGUCCCAUCGCCCCAGGCCCAAUACCUCCAGCAGCAGCAGCAGGCGCGCCGCUACCCCGGCCAGCCCGGCCAGCCCGGCCAGCCUCCUCGUUUCGACUCGCGGCCCCCGCCUCCCCGGGACGGCUAUGGCAACAUGCGGCCCCCGGCACCGCGAGGAUACUAUCCGGGAGGCGGCCAGCCCGGCCCGGCCAUGAACUCAGAUCCCUACCGAACUCAGUCCCUCGCGAGUGCCCCGAGGCAGCCCGUCUACCACCCGCCCCCGAGUGCAUAUCAACAAGGCCUCCACAACAACUUUCGCCAGAGUCCCCCCGGCCAGCCGCCGAAUAAUGGGCCCUCGGCCCGGACGACGGCGCAAGGCCGCGUCGUUCCAGACCGACAUGACGACCGCUCCAUGUCCAUGACGGGCGGCUAUCCGUCACACGAGAGAGACGCCCACCAGACCAUGAGCGGCCGCGUGAUCCCGAACCGCAGGGUGCCUGGCACCGCCCCUCAGCUUCCCGAGCUGCCCAUCUCCAACGGAUUUUCCAACGGCUACUCGGCUGCACCGGGCUCGCAAACGAGGACAACCAGCAUGGUCUCUUCCACCAGCACAAACGACAGCCAGCAGAGGACCAUGUCGAUGGCGUCGACCGCCGCCCCGUCCAUCGCCCCGUCCGAGUUGUCGGAAUCCAACACCCUCGUCAACCGCUCCUCCAUGGCCCGAUCCACCGAUGGCGAGCGCCCCUCGACGGCCAGGGUCCGCCCGCCGCUGGUCUACCCUGCGCUGCUGUCGCGAGUCGCCGAAUGCUUCCGCCAGAAGAUCAUUGUCGGCGAUAAGACCAAGAACGGUCUCACGUACAAGAACGCCUUCACCGGCGCCGAUGCUGUCGAUGUUCUCUCGUACAUCAUCCGCACCACCGACCGCAACCUGGCCCUGCUUCUCGGCCGCGCCCUCGACGCACAAAAAUUCUUCCACGAUGUUACGUAUGAGCACAGGUUGCGGGACUCCAACACGGAAAUGUACCAGUUCAAGGAGACCAUGACCGAGGAAGAGGAGGAGAAGCCGGGGGUCGACGGCGUGUUCGUAUUGCUGUCGGAGUGCUACUCGCCAACCUGCACCCGUGACCAGCUCUGCUACAGCAUAGCGUGCCCUCGCCGGCUCGAACAGGUAUCCAGGCUGAACCUGAGGCUGGGCCCCGGCCUCAGGGACGAGGGCGCCGCCGUGCACGAGGAUGAUGUUGAGCAGACGGACGAGCAGAAGCUCUGGAUCAACACGGUGCCAAAGGAGAUUGCCGACAGCGUGGGCGACAGGGAGAAGAAGCGGCAGGAGGUCAUAUCGGAGAUUUGCUACACCGAGAGGGACUUUGUCAAGGAUCUCGAGUAUCUGCGCGACUUUUGGAUCAACCCGCUGCGGUCUAGGAACUCGCCCAUCCCGCAGAACCGCAAGGACCGGGUGGUGCGUAACAUUUUCAGCAACAUCAUCGACCACCCGUCCAUCCACAGCGUCAGCUCGCGCUUCGCAAAGUCCCUCACGGACCGCCAGCAGAAGAACCCGGUCGUGCACAACGUGGGCGACAUCUUCCGCGAAUUUGUCCCCCAGUUCGAGCCCUUCAUUCUCUACGGCGCCAAGCAGCUCGAGGCCAAGUUCGAAUUCGAGAACGAGAGGUCAACAAACCAACAGUUCUCCCGCUUUGUUGACGAGAUCGAGAGGCGCAAGGAGUCACGCAAGCUCGAGCUCAACGGCUAUCUGACCAAGCCGACCACGCGCCUGGCCCGGUACCCGCUGCUGCUCGAGAACGUGCUCAAGUACACCGAGGCCGACAACCCAGACAAGGAGGACAUCCCCAAGGUGUUGACCCUCAUCCGAGCUCUUCUGACGAGGGUCAAUGCCGAGUCGGGCAAGGCCGAGAACAGGUUCAACCUCAGGCGCCUCAGCGAGAACCUCAAAUUCCGGCCCAACGAGAGGGUGGACCUGCGGCUCACCGAGGAGGGCCGCGAGCUCGUGUUCAAGACGCAGCUGAAGAAGACGCUGACGGAAAACGCCGACAUGACUGCCUUCCUGUUCGAUCACGCCGUGCUCAUCGCCCGCACGAAGCAGGUCGGAAGGACCGAGGAGACCAAGGCGUACCGCAGGCCGAUCCCUCUCGAGCUCCUUUCCAUCAAGGAGAUGGAGGAGGUCAUCCCGCACGGGACCCAGGUCAGGCGGACGUCGUCCAGCCUGCUCCCGCUCCGGGCAGCCGCGUCGGACACAAAGAAGGGCGACGGAUGGCCCAUCACGUUCCGACACCUGGGUAAGGCGGGCUACGAGCUGACGCUUUAUGCCCAGAACCAAGUGGCUCGACAGAAGUGGCUCGAGUUCAUCGAUGCGGCCCAACAGCGGCUCAGGGGCCGUGCCGACUUCCUGAACAUGACCACCAUCUCGGCUGGGUUCUUUGGCCCGUCCAACAAGGUCAACUGUGUUGUGCCGUUUGACGGUGGGAGGAAACUGGUGUACGGAACGGACACGGGAAUCUACAUCUCGGACCGAAAGUCCAAGGAGUCGAAUCCGAAGCAGGUCAUCAACACAACCAACGUCACGCAGCUCGACGUGCUCGAGGAGUACCAGCUGCUACUGGUUCUUACCAGCAAAACGCUGUACAGCUUCCCGCUAUCGGCACUGGACCCGCUGGAGCCGCCGUCAUCCAAGAAGGGCAAGAAGAUCCAGAGUUCGUGCCACUUCUUCAGGGUGGGCAUCUGCCUGGGGCGGCACCUCGUCUGCUGCGUCAAGCCGACGGCGCUGUCGACGACCAUCAAGGUGUACGAGCCCAACGAUGCCAUAUCGGCGACGCGGCGGCAGAGGGGGCUGGGCAGGAUGUUCAACGCCGGCCAGGACGAGCUCAAGCCGUUCAAGGAGUUUUACAUCCCGACUGAGUCGUACUCUGUGCACUUCCUGCGCUCUAAGCUGUGCGUGGCCUGCUCACGCGGGUUCGAGGUGGUGGCGCUCGAGACGCUCGAGACGCAGUCGCUCCUAGACCAGGCCGACACAUCGCUCGACUUUGUGGCGCGAAAGGAGGGCGUGGUGCGGCCAAUCCACAUCGAGCGGCUCAACGGCGAGUUCCUGCUCAACUACUCGGAGUUCUCCUUCUUUGUUAACCGCAACGGGUGGCGCGCGAGGCCCGAGUGGCGCAUCGACUGGGAGGGCACGCCCCAGAGCUUUGCCUUGUCGUACCCCUGGAUCCUUGCCUUCGAGCCCAACUUUAUCGAGCUACGGCAUAUCGACUCGGGAGCCGUUCAUAUCGUGCCGCACAAGAACAUACGGAUGCUCCACAGCAGCACACACGAGAUCAUUUUUGCAUACGAGGACGAGAAGGGAGAGGAUAUUGUGGAGGCCAUGGACUUUUGGAAGAGCCAGCGGCGGUCGGAGAUACCCGAUGCCACAGAAGAGAGGCCACCGACGGCGUCGUCGACAUCUGGGACCAUACCAGGCUACCACCCCAGGAUGUCGACGUAGGGCUGGCGAGGACGCUUGAAGGAGGUAAAUGGACAUUGGUCUUCUUGGUUCUGUUCCUUGUUUCCUCUCGCCUGCGCUUCUUCCGCAUCGCUCCCCUUUGAUCACCACCGGCGGGGUUAUUGGGGCCGGUUCCUUGGUAGCCAUGAAACCCUAAUGUCUCCUUUCCUCUUCUGUAAGCAUCUUGUUCUCGCCCGGUUCCAUCGUCAUGUCUGCCUUUUUUAUUCUCGUUUUUUUCUUUUUUCACCUGUUUAUCUCGUUUUUAUUUUGUUGCACUUAGCCUGGCGGACGGGACAUUUUGCGCUGCUCUUGUCCUUGUGUUUUUUUGCUUGAUGGUUUUCCGACUUCCAGACAUCAAAGGUUUGCACAAACGGCGGCGUUUUUUUCUUCUUGCAAUUUUGGCUCUUCAUCUUGUGUGUUGGUACAGGGCCUCUCCCUCCUCGCCUCCCGGUCAAGAGAGGCAGUAGUAUGAAAGCCGGGGAGGUUGAGAAGAGUGGCAAUAGAAUGGACCGGGUGAAGAUGAGAGAGAAAGAGAGAUAGUAUGCGUAUUUCGGGAAGCGGAGGUGGCUGAUUCCGUUAGAUGGUUUUGGAUGGGACUUUCUAUUACUUUAACACGGCUUGUAUCCACG